AUGGAUGAGGAGGCCAGCAUUCAGAACUACGAUGCAUAUUGUGCGGCCAGGCAACCGAUGGAACAGUUGCCUCUUGCUCUCACCGUGGACUACAGUGCGAUGCGCCUACCCGUCAAAGUGGCCCUUGGCUUCGGCACAACGAUCGCUGACCUGACGGCCUACGUCAAACGGGUCGAACUCCUCACGUACGAGGAGCUGCUGAGCAGUUGUCAGAAUAGACAAUACAGAGAUAUCUACAUCAACGGUGGUAUCGUUUCUCUCGAACGUUAUCUCGGAUGGGUCACCCUUGAGCGGAUAGACUUCAAAUUGUGGACGCCUGUGCAUGUGAAGUAUGACACCGUCGUUACGCUGUGGACUAACUAUACGUUGCCAGAACACCAACUGGACGAUCAGGAUACGAAGGAGGUGCUUGACAUUUUAAGAAAGGAAUUGUGUUUGCCGGAGGAGGAGCAGCCGUUGUGGUACUUUAUAAAGUCUAAGUAA